AUGAGUGGCAACACCACCAUGGAUAUUGAAGGCGAACACAUCAUUGCUGGUGCUCUCUCUAUGGGACUUGCCGUCAUAGGGUUAAUCAUCAACACGAUCGUGAUUAUGGCCCUCGUACGAACACCAGUAUUUCACAAUGCUUUCGGGUUCAUAUCCACUCUACAUUUGGUAUCAAACAGCGGCGAGCUCUUAAUAUACGUAUUUUGGAGCGCCCCGGCAACACUUUUGCAGCUUAAUGCUUCGAUCACAAAUACUUUCAUUGGUUCAAGAGUAGCACAAAUUUACUUGGUGUUCUGGUAUGGUUCCAUCUACAGCCAGCUCCAAAUUGCUAUAAACCGCUUUGUUGCUAUAGCUUUUCCCAUAAGAUACAAUGAAUUUUUCACGGGAAGGGCCUUGACCUACUUCAUUGGAUUUUUUUGGAUCAUAUCGGCACUCCAUGCUUUGGCUUUCAGCUCGUAUGACUGCGCUCUGUGGUUUGACAGCACCAGUUUCAUGUGGCUCUUUCGUCCGACCACAUGUGGAUAUGUUCUGGUCAUUUAUAUGAUUUCGGGUCACGCCACAUGUAUGUGCGGUGUGAUAUUUUUCGUUGACACGAUAACAUUCUGCUGCAUAUGGAAGAAGACAAAAAUGCUACGUAACAAUAAUGGUGUUAAAACAGACCACGAAAAGCUGAGGUUAAAGAAGAAUAUUUUGUUUUUUGCCCAGGGCUGUUGUCAGAGUAUCGUUCUUCUACUUGCAAUCUUAUCGUUUCUUGUCGUUGCAAAAUUUGCUUCAUCGAGAAUGCAGAUAUUUGCAACAAGUUCGUUGAAUUGGGAGCUUGCUCACAUCAGUUAUGGUGUUGUCCCCGCAGCUUUCAACAAACCUAUACGAGAUAUUCUCUUCAAGCCACAUCUGCUUUUCCAAAAGAAGCAAUCAACUGCAACUAAUAUAACUCUGUCACGUACAUCUCAUGCGCCACCAUGA